AUGUACCUCCCACGGAAUCUGAUAGCACACCUCUAUCAGAACCUCGUAAAAAGAACACAUGCCGCCGCACCACCAGUCCUUCUCCUUGUCGCACUCGAACCAGACGCGCUGUGUGCGUGUCGGAUUCUUACCGCGUUACUAAAGCGCGACUACAUACCCCACAAGAUACAGCCAAUAGCCGGUUAUGGCGACCUUUCACGGGCAGCAGAUGAGCUGGUACGGCCAAUGCGGACAACCGAAGGUGGCAGUGGGGGUGUUGUGGUGUGUUUGGGUGUAGGAGGCAUGGUAGACAUGGAAGAGAUGCUAGGCCUGGACGUGGACGAGAAUGGAGAAGGUGGGACUGGCGAUGUUGAAGUCUGGCUCUUGGAUGCACGACGACCAUGGAAUCUUACCAACGUUUUUGCAGCACCCGUCAGCCAAGACCCCGCCACGGGAGAAUUGGUGCGGAGACAGGCUGGUGUAGACAAGGGCAAGAUCCUGCAGUCCUACCAGUCAUCAAGAGGUGGAAUCAUAGUCUUUGACGAUGGGGAUAUCGAGCAAGAAAUGCAAGCAGAGAGGGAGGCAUAUGUGGGACUUGAAGAGAUGCCGGAGGUGGGGGAGGAAGACGACUUGAGUGAUUCAGAACCAGAAGACGAAGAGCCCCCGUCAGGGCAGGCGCCAAAGAAGAGGAAAUCAUGGGGUGAGGGUGAUGAUUCUGAAGACGAUAUGACAGACGACGAGCGGCCAGCGCAAAGACGGAGGAGCAAUUCUGGCGGCUCAAUACCAUCCUCACCUGAACCGCGACGGCGGCGGGGUCUGUUGGCAGCAAAUCAAUUAGGCGGAUCCUCCGACUUUUCACGUUCAGAUUCCCGCAGCCGCUCUGUAUCGCCAUCAGUAGCCGCCCCAAAAGAGCAGUCCGUCAAAAGCCUACGAAGGCAACUUAUUAAGAAGCGCGACAAGUAUGCACAGGUCCUUGACAAAUACUACGAAAUUGGCACAUCAUACUCGGAUCCUGUCUCAUCCCUGGUAUACAACCUGGCUUCAGAGCUUGGCCGCGAAGACAAUGACCUGCUAUGGAACGCCAUUGUUGGUGUCAGCAGUCUCGAGCUGUACGGACGGACGGGAAGCGGCGUCGGGCUCAAUCCGCUCUCAACACAAGGUGGCUCAGCUGGCUGGAAUGGUAACCGAGGAGAGAGCAUACGCUCUGUACUGCGAGACGAAGUACGACGGUUGAACCCCGUCACUGAUGCAACAAGCGUAUCUCGCGACGCAACAAUGGGCGAAGUCUGGGGUGUCAUUCCAACCAGUGCUCGCUCAGCAACAGACACAGCCAUCCGCCUCUCACCAGAACCCCGCUUCCUCCUCCUCAGGCAUUGGUCUCUAUACGAGAGCAUGCUGCACUCUCCGUAUCUCUCCGCCAAACUACACAUCUGGAGUGAUGCGGGGCAGAAGCGACUUGCUAAAUUGCUUGCAAAAAUGGGAGUCUCUCUCACCGAAUGCAAACAAAGAUAUACACACAUGGACAUGGAGCUGAAGCGCGGCCUACGGGAACGCCUUCUCAAGUUUGCCCCACAAUACGGUCUGGACGGCCUAGUCCCCCCCAAGUCGAGUACAGGCGAUCCAAAAGACGGCUGGGGCUUCGUCCGCUGCUGGGGCUGGAAAGCCUGUCUCUCAGCCAUCGACGCAGGCGUAGUCCUAGGCGCCAUCCUCGAAGUCGGCGAUGUAAAGAGCCUUAACCAGUCCGCCCUCGACAGCUCGAACUUCGUCGGCACAGCCGACCACAUCGAGAUGCAAACCUCCACCCAAGAAGAACAAGACCUCGCUCAAGAACACAUCACCAGCCGCUUCUGGACCGCAUACGAUGCCCUCGGCAACAUCGACCUCCUCGUCGAGCACAUAACCACAGCCCAGCACCUCCACCGCGCCAUUCUCCGCACUGGCACCGCCCUCAUCGAAAAACGCCAAAUCCGCCACCUGCGCGCCUUCCGCAUGGCUGUCGUGAAAGAAGGCCCAGAUGUUCACCUCUUCACUCACCCGGGUGCCCUUACCAAACUUGCCCUCUGGAUUGCCGAAGCCAUCGUCGAGCUAAACGGUACAAAGGGGAAAUCCAAGGGAAGUGAACUCGUCAUGGCGGGUCUCGACGACUCACGCGGUCUCUACGUGGUUGUUGGUCUAGGAGGUAGCGGCGGGACUACGCAAUCGGCCAAGUCGCGGCUCCAGAAACGAGAGGCGCGCGCCGCGGCGAAGCAGGAGAAGGUGGCAAUUAAAGAACGGGAACGCGCGAUGCGUCGGGAAGUGCGACGUGCACGGAAUCUCGCUGCGGGCUUGGAAGAAGAUGAAGUCGAAGACGAGACCGAGUCUGAAGCUUCGGAUUCAGAUUCCUCCUCCGACAAUGAUUCAGAGGAUGAAGAAGAUGAGCGCAAGGGAGGCAAAAAUCGCUUUGGCAACGCGUUCCAGGAGGUUGUCCGUGAGACAGGGGCGCGAGUCCGCAUGGAUAGUUUUGAGGCAUGUGUGAUUGAGAUCAAGAAGGAGGAUCUCAGCGGGUUCUUGGAGAAACUGAGUCAAAAGGCUGUUGUUGGUUGA